AUGCUAUUCGCUUGCAAGGAUUGCCAAAAGAGCUUCAAGUUCUCUCAAAUGACAAUCUGCGUAGAGAGUGUGAGCAAAUUGUCUGAACAGAUCAAACAGCGUCUUGUGUGUGAAAUGUGUUUGGGAAAACACCGAUUGGGAGCACAUUCUCAUUUCAAGCUCGAUCACCCUGAGAACAAGAGUGUCAACAGUGAAGCUGAUCAAUCGACUUCGUCAAACAGAUUGAGAACACGUUGGAAUCCUACCUCUAAUGGAAAUCCUUCGGGAACAGGAUUUGGCCGUAGCAAUAUCCCGAACAGUUGUAAGAACAAAGAUCUUUUCAAUAAUGGCUAUGCAGGGAGUGAUGAACGAGUACUUCCUCGCGAGAGUCCACCACCGAUCUACUCAGCUAUUGCCCGACCGUCACCCCAAAUUUCUAACGACUUUUUUCGACGAAAUGUUGAAGAAAAUGGGAAUUUUGGAUUGAGAAGGAGGGAUCGAUCGGUGGCGAGGAAUGGGAAUGCCGGAAGGAACACUUUUAAAGAGCCAGCUGAUGUCAUUGAUUUGGGUGAUGAGUCCGAUUCACUCGAUGAAUCUCCGCAAAUUAAUCGCCGAAUCGAGUACGAUUACAAGCAGAUCGCCUAUGGAGAUGAGGCGAAAAAAAACGCGAAAUUGACUCAUUUAAAGGUGACAGUUCCCCGUACAGCAAUCGCCGAUAAUGUGUACGAAUUCACGAUCAGAAACACCACAAAUCGAACGAUGUUGAUUCAAAUUGUGCACUGGCAACCUCACGAUUCACAAGAAGACAAUCUCAGCUUUGAAUUUCCGGACAAAGAAAAGGAAGAGGACGAUCCACAAUAUAAAAAUUCUUUCGAAAUCGAAAGUGGAAAGACGGGGAAAGUGAGAAUCGAUUUUUCAGCGGUUGAGGGAGUGAUUCGUGAGUGGAGUGAGAAAAACGACUCUUCUCUCUUUCCGUAUGUGUUUUUUCGUGGUCUGGGUCGUUUAUACGAUGAUGGAAGGCAUGAUUGUAUGGAGUGGACAAUACGAUUCGAGAGUGAUGAAUCUGGGGAUUGGUGCCCCAAGUUCGACCGGAAGAAACCGAAAAAACAUCGCUUUUACAAACCA